CGUUGACUGGCAGCGGUUUUCUACAGCAAGUCGCAACGACCGCCAAAGCUUACAUGUGAAGACUUGCUUUGGUCCAUACAUCUUGCUUAUAUUUAUAGCUCAAUGUCUCGAAUCAUGAUCUUGGUCUCAGAGCUCUAUUGUUAUGAUUGUGUUACCGUUUUGGUCGCCUUCAUUUUUUCUUCCUCACGCACUUCUCCCUCGGGGGCUUAUUUUACUGUUUGAAUUUGUCCCAUCUUCUUGCUGCAGGCUACCAUGUCCCAUCAAGAUUACUUUGCUCCAGCUGGGUCGAAUUACCAACAAGAUCCUCAACCAAGGCGGUUUCCGGACGAUGCCAGUUCAAACCGACAGUCUUCCUACCAAACUGCUUUCACACCGUCCAACACCCACACUCCUUCCGCAAAUAGCAACUAUUCUCAUGCCAUGACGCAGUCGUACCGUAGCGAAAAUCCCAAUGAAUACAACGACCAGGAAUUUUUUACACCUUAUGAUCCGCCUCAUACAUUGCCUUCCACGGCCUCGUUCGAUACCGCUGGUCAAUUAGAAGCUGAUCCCUAUGCAGGACAAUAUCCCCCUCCGCGCCCCCGAAGAACGUCAACUCAGCCAAUGACAACUCCAACUUAUCCUCCGUACAGUAAUAAUGACUUGGCACCUGCUGUCGGGGCAUUCCCUGUUCCACAACCGUAUGCAAACCCACCCCAUCAAGCUGACGAUCAAGUUACCGUCCGCACCAAUAAUUCCGCGUACACCAGGAGCAGUGGUCAUUCCAAUGCUAACUCACAAUCGUAUUCUCGACGAGAAAGUUCGUAUGAUGGUUUAAUGGGAGGAAACACGGCAGCAGCUGUGGGUGCAGCGUCAGGGGCAGCUCUGAUGGCGGUUGGCAACGAAGCAAAAGAAAAAGGGUACUAUGAUCCACAUGCUAUUCCGUUGGAUGAAUGGAAGCAGUCUGAGAGGGAAGCCAGUAUUGCCAAUCAGGGCCAACCUACAGCGGAAGGAAAUAUGAUAGAAAUGGCAGAUGCGUCGAACAGAAGACCAACGUAUCAAUCUAAUGUCGUUCCCCAGCAACCUCAACCUGAGCCUCAAUAUUUAGAAGCAGGAUACCCUUCGGUUGCCCCGCCUUCCUAUCUGCGGCCUGACCGUGAUGGAUAUUUACCCGGUUCACGCGGCCGUCCACAGCCAAAACCCCAACCACGCCCCGUUGCUAAAUCGACCCCCACACCUAACCAAUAUUAUAGUGCUCCUCCUCCACCACGCCCUCCAGUGCCUCAACCCUAUGUCAUGCCACCCCCACCCCCUCCGCAGGCCUAUAAACCACCGAGACAAUCAUCAUCUGGUUGCUGCUGUUAUUGUCCAGCCAUGACCUGCUGUUCAUGUUUCUGCAUGCUGAUAUCCCUGGGAUUCGUAGCUGCAGGCAUAGCUAUGAUUGUAUAUGCAAAAGUUGCUGUUCAGUCCUGUCCUGCAUGUGAUUCGACCCAUUUCACAGGCAUCUGUAGUGCUUGCAAUACAGUGUUGUACGAUGGUUUGUUUUAUGGUGGUAUCGCUGUAGCCUCCCUUGCAGGCAUAGGUGCCCUGUGGCGAUUGUUUAUGUGGAUUUGUUCGGCUCGACGCUAAUGGAUAGGUCAUGCUUGCAUGGUAUCCACCGUGAAUUUAUAUUACCAUUGUACUUUCCGAGCUUCAUUUUUUUUCCUUACUUCUCAUUGUAUAGUAUUACCACAUAUGUUUCAUUAUACAUCUUCAUAUUCUCCCAUCCAAUAAUGUGUAUCAGGUGUGAAACAAUAUGCCGGCCUAAACAAAAAAAAGGGCAAAAAGAUAUAGUUAAAACUCAAAUGAAAUUGAACCCCACUCUGAAGCAAAGUGGAUACCUUGAUAAAAACAAAGCCUGUCAUGAAAG